UACAAGUUGACAUCAUCGAUGGCCAUUCCUCUCAUUCCGUUCAGUGAAGUUAUUUCGUGAAUUUCGUGAUCUACAGACAAGAAUUCAAGAAGUUUUUUUGAAGAAGCCAGAGAAAUUUUAAUAAAUAUCAUCUUUUGUUAAAAAAGGUGAUUACUAUCAGAAAUAAGGGAUUAAUUGCGUUUUUGUUUUGAAAAAUUUUCAUUGUUCAUGCCCUCAAUGUACAUUAUAUACACAUUCCUAUUUUGCUAAAUUCGAAAAAAAUCGUAUAAUAAAGUAAAACUAGAAAGAAAAGAUAAUAACAUUUUGCUUGCCUGUGGCCGGGCAAUGCUUAGAAUUCGUUUAAAAAUGGGUCCUCGUCAACAGUUACAACGCAAUAAGGAGUGGACAUGUUGUUUUGGUCUACAUGUUCACACCGCCACCAUUAUGAUUGGCCUUUGGCAUUUGUUUUUAAACAUUUUGGCUCUUAGUUUGCUAGCGGUUAUAAUGCGUAACCCGCAAAUGAUGGAAGAAUUGCAAAAUAAUUAUGACUACAAUGUUGAUUUAAAUGCACCGGCUUUACCGACGCCAUUAAGUAAAGUUGAUCCGCCCUAUGCUUACCGUGAUCAUUCAUUAAAUUAUCGUAAGCAAUACCAAAGCUACGACAUGGGUGGUUUAGUGUGCACCUGCAUGAUCGCCAUAACAAUGAUGAUGAUUUAUGGAGCUAUAAAAGGAAAACCGUCUCACCUGUUACCUUUCUUUUGUUUGCAAUUAUUUGAUUUUGCUAUAACAACUUUAACAGCUGCUGGUUACUUGUGUUAUCUACAAGCAAUUCAUCGUUUAAUAGACGAAUCGCAUCGUUUGCCGUGGCGUGAAAAACUAUUAGAAUUAUCGCCUGAUGAGUUGGUCAUAGUUGUGCUAGUGGUAUUUUUAUGCAUUGUUUGCUUAAAGGCCUACGCCAUUGGUAUAGUAUGGCGAUGCUAUAAAUAUCUAACAUUACGUCAGCAAAGUUUGCGCACUCUCCUACCUUUGGGUAUACCUGACUUGUCCAAUGCAACAAUGGGAGCUGAGGAACGGGCUUAUUCGACCUUGUUGCCGAACUACGACGAAGCUGUCGCUCAAUUCAUGAAGCAAGCACCGCCGCCCAGUUAUCAAGUGGCUAUGUCUAAUUACUCAGGCCAACAGCAGCAACAAUUACCAAAUAAUAACAAUAUGAAUAGCUUACCCGUGACUUUGGAGGAAGAUAACAACAACGAUACAUCUAAUAACAAUAAUACGGUGCAUUUCAAUGCUAAUACACCGCCUAUGCGACGUAACGAGAGUAUUGGUGAUGAUAUUGAUAUUGAUAUUGGUGCGGUCGGCGGUGAGGAAAUAGUGCCGCCGCCAGCUUACAAUGAAGUAAUAAUUGUUCAGGCGGCAACUCCUAAUCCCCCCAACAGUGAAGUGGCUGGAAUGUCAGGUCAGACUUUAACAAAGGCGACUAAUGUUCAAAUCUCAUCCGGCAAUAAUACCGACGAAAGUCAGGCUUAAUUUGCUUAGUAAGUUUCAGUAUGGCAGAAUGAUAUGAAAAAGAAGUUUUUUAUAUGAGAAGUAAAAUGCAAAAUUUCGUAAUUCAUCUUUAUAUUGGGUUGUGCUUCAGGAAAUAUGCAUUCAAAUGUUUUCCUUUACCAUU